GCCGCAGUGCUGGCAAACGGGGAAUAUCAUCAAAAACAUAGAAAAAGUAAAACUAUGAAAAUCCAAUCCAAAUCUCGGAAAUUUCGCAAAAAUAUAUAAGCUGGACAAAUUUAAAAGCAUCAAGGCGGCCACGAGCAUCGAGGAAAUUGCUGCAAUGGAACCAUCCGCUUGCGAAGAUCUCAAGGCCUUCGAACGGCGCCUCACCGAAGUUGUUUCCUCGUACCGGCCAUCAACGUUCCGCUGGCGCAUUGUUCUCUCCGCCAUGUCCGUGUGCACGGCCAUUAGUGCGUGGUACUGGCUCCGUGAUCCGCGCACCACCGUCGUCCCGCUGACCGAGUCCCUCUUCAUCCAUCCCAUCUUCACAAUCGCCACUCUUGCUCUGUUCGUCCUCUUCACCCUGGGCAUCCAAAAGCUAGUAAUAGCGCCGCAGAUUAUCACGUCGAGAACUCGAACGGUGCUUGGGGACUUUAAUAUGAGCUGUGAUGACACGGGGAAGCUGAUAUUGAAGCCGCGGCAGAGUAACAAUAAUAGCACAUGAGCCGGCCAGGCACUUCCAGGACAAUCAAUUUAGUUAAUGCUUAAUUAGUCUUCUACUUUCUUUCCGCACCUUGCCCUUAUGUUGACCCUUGGACACCCUAGUUUUUAAAAACGAAAUUUUAUCAGAAGUAACCCCCUCCUUACAGUUCGUUUUCCUGCUUUCCAACUUUGUUUAAUUAUAGAAUCUUUAUUUGUAAAAAAAAAAGUCUAAAGAAAACCUUAUUGUUAAGCUUUAUAGUGUUUCGUUAUGGCGUUACCCAUCGCUGCCAAAUACAACAAGCUACUCAUUUCAAUAUAGAGUUAUUUAUUUUUAAUGAGCUGCCAUGAUUGUGCAACGAAACAGAUGGUUUUGCCAAUUUUCAUUAAGUUUUGGGAGCUGAUUUUCGUAUAAAAAGAGUCUCGGACAAGCUCCAAAGCAUCAGUUUCCAGCAAUCUGUACAACAAGCCAGCUUUAACCAUGAAGUUCCUAGCCCUGUGCACUCUCAUCCUGAGCAUCGCCUUCUUUAUGGCCAGUGCUCAAGCCCGAGAUGUGGCCAAGCCAAUGGAACUUGAUCCUCCAAACCACCCGCCCCAUCACCAUGAUGUGCGCAGCGUUCGCUAUGCCGAUGAGCCAAAUGUGCCCCACAAGGGUGAGGCUGGCUGCUGCGGUUAGAGAGAGGCUCAUCGACGGAGAAGGCGUGCCUCCGCAAAACAAACUUGUUCUAAGUUGAGAAAUGCCUUGAAAUUUAAAUAAAGAAGCAAUAUUGAAAAAUGUA